AUGACAACAACAGAUUCUCCACCCAACACGAACAACAACACCAAUGAUACGACAGCUCACUCCACGGACCUUCUCAAUGAGCAAUUUCGUGAAGCUGCACUAAUAUCUCCUUCGACUGCAACCACAACUGUACCAGUAACGAGUUGUGCUCCAGGUCAACAGCAACAGGAACAACAACCAGAAAAAACAGAGAGUAGGAAUGAUGAUGAUGAAAAAGAUGACGCACAGAGUUGUGUGGCAGUGGAUGAUAAUUUUCAAUUCAAAGAACAUCGUGAAGAUCAUGCAAACACAAUCAUUGAGAAAGAUCCUGUUCAAAACAUGUCAUCGGAGAAACGUAACUCCAAACAUCAUUCCACAACCUCGAAAAUGUCAUCUGCCAGUUCCACCAUUUACAAAAUCAAAACUUGCUUUGGUGUGUCGCAUGUCAACGUUGCAUGUGCGCUCAUCAUGAUUGUCAUGCUCUUAAACUUUCUUGCUUUGGUCGCCAUUUGCUUGUUAACCAUUCAAAUCUUCUUAACUGCCAACACUGGUGUUAGUGAAAUUAUGAUUGCAAGAGGAGAUGGUCUCUACUUUGAUGAAAUGGCUCAUUCAAGCAUUCGUUUGGCAGCCACUACUAAUUACAGCAUUGUUGACACGACGGUCCACAUUAAUCGAUACAACUCGAACCCAACAAGAAUACGAGCAGCACUUAAAAACAUUAUCACAGCUCUUCCUGUGAAUUACACUUUGAAACCUGAGGGAUUUUUGGCACAAGGUACAAACAAUAUUCCAAUCUUGACAGUGUAUGCAAACAUGUCCAAAUUAUUGAACUCCUCUUCAACGUUUCAUAUUGGAAAGGCCUUAUGGGAAAGUGAAGAAUUUCAAACCAUGAAAGCGAACUGGACUCGUGAUUUUAAUCUUUUUUUACAAGAUGUGACAAGUUAUGGAUCUAGAAGAGAUGACGAAGUACAGAGACGUAAUAUUGCAGUAUUGUGUAUUGUGGUCAUUUCUCUUGCUAUCAUGUUGCCUUCAUUGGUGGCUACCUUUGUAUUUACAUUGAAAAAGGAUCACACUUCCAGCACCAAGUUGAAGCAAGUGAAUGCCAAUAUGGUCUCAUCGACCAUGCAACAUCCUACCCUGAGAGAAAUGUUUAGAAAAUACUGUGAACAAAAUGAUCUCGCUGCUACUUUCCAUUGCAUUGAAAAGAUUCAUCUCUAUCAAGAAUUGUGUUCCAAAUCAUUUGAAAUUUAUGUGAAAUUAUUUGAAAAGAAGAAAUCAUUUGAAAAACUCCGUCUAUCGAGCAACAACGUUCAGAAAGAAAAACCUCUCAGAACCUCAGUCUUUAGAACUAUCCAAUACACAGAAAACGAUCUCAAACUCGUUCAGAAUUUGAAAUUAGAGCUUGUCUUUGAAAUUCUCGUUAAUUGCUCAGACUAUGAAGGAGAAUUCGAAGCUCCAGUGAAUGAACAUUACAUUAGCAACGUUUAUCAAAUACUUGAUGAAUUGAAUCUCCAGACUGCAUCGAGAGGUGCCAAUACCUCUUCUCCUCGUGAUUUUGAUUUAUAUGAACACUAUUUGAGAGAGGACUUGUUCGACUCUGUUGAAAAGAACUUGAUUGAUUUUUUAUCAGUUCCUCAUCAUGCAUUCAAACAAAGCUUAACAAAGGUUCAAGAGAGUCACCACAAUACGACAAUUUCAUCACCUAAUGUGAACUGA